GCUGCAUUUCUUUCAACUCAUGCUCGUCCUCUGCACCUCGUGUUCAAGUUCUGCACUUCAUGCUCAGCCUCUGCAGCUCGUGGCUGACCUUGGCACUCUGCAGUUUGUGGUUGAGCUAUGUAGCUCGUGCUUCAGCAUCCUGAACCUUGGACUUCUGCAUUUCGCAGCUCGUGAUUCAGCAAUUAUCAUUUCAGACUUUUACAGUUCGCAGCUCGUACACGAGCAAGAUGCUUGUAGCUCGUGCUCCAGCAUUUCGCAGCUCGUGCUUAAGCAAGAUGCUUGCAGCUCCUCAUUGCCGAGCUUGAUUGGUUUGCUGAGAAAGGCUAAAUGGUGCUGGACUGCCUUGCUUCUGCCGAGCUGGUGCACUGCUUUGAGCUUUGCCGCUGCCGAGCUGGACUGCUUUGUUGCUGCCGAGCUGGACUGCUUUGUUGCUGCCGAACUGGACCGUUUGGUUGCUGUCGAGUUAGGCUGUUGUGCUGCUGCCAAGCUGGUGUGCUGCUUUGGGCUUUGGCACUGCCGAGCUGGACUACUUUGUUGCUACCGAGCUGGACCGUUUGGUUGCUGUCGAGCUAGGCUGUUGUGCUGCUGCCAAGCUGAACUGCUUUGUUGCUGCUGUGCUUGGCCGCUUUGCUGCUACCGAGCUGGGCUGCUCUGCUGCUGCCGAGCUGGAGCAUUGCUUUGAACUUUACCGCUGCCGAGCUGGGUUGCU